UCUUGGUCCCUUCUCAAGGAAUAUAUUGCUUAUAAAUGUCUAGAGUUCGUACACAACUUCUCAUGUCAUGUGUACAACUCCACUUCAUAAUUUCUUUCAACAACUUGAAAACAUGGAUUUCAAAAACCUUUUCUAUUCUUACUUGGCCAGCUUAAUAAUAGUUUUUUCUGCCUGCCAAGACAAAUACUUCACUGCUGAGGCAAUCCCUUUAAGUCUUGUUACUGAUAAAGAGGCCCUGAUUUCAUUGAAGUCUCAGAUAAAUAUGGAAUCUUCUCAUCCUCUGUCAAGCUGGGACGUGGACUCGUCCCCUUGUAAUUGGACGGGAGUUGUCUGCAACGAAAAUCUGGAACGCGUCACUGGGCUUGAUCUUUCAGGCCUUGGACUUGAAGGUACCAUAAGCCCUCAUAUUGGCAACCUCUCUUUACUUGCAUCAAUUCAACUGCAGAAUAAUCGACUGACAGGAACACUUCCUCACCAACUCAGCAAUCUCAUUCAUCUUAGAGUUCUGAACGCGAGCUUCAAUAGCAUUCAAGGGAUUAUACCACCUAACAUAAGCCAGUGCAAGAAUCUCAUGAACCUUGAUUUGAUGCAAAAUGAGAUUUCAGGAACAAUUCCUCCGGAGAUUAGCCAGCUCCAACGACUCCAAGUUUUGAAUUUGGCAGGAAACCAUAUUUCAGGCAUCAUCCCAUCCUCCAUAUCCAACAUUUCUUCCCUCAUCAUUUUAAACCUUGGCACCAACAUCUUAGGUGGUCCUCUUCCGAGUGACUUGGCUAAACUUAGAAAACUGAAACAACUUGACCUGACUAUUAACAAUCUCACUGGUUUAGUCCCUCCGCCUAUCUACAACAUGUCCUCGCUAGUGUCCUUAGCAUUAGCUUCCAACAAUCUGUGGGGUGACUUGCCUAGCGAUGUAGGAUUAACACUCCCAAAUCUUCACGUCUUCAAUUUUUGUUUUAACAAGUUCACUGGUACAAUUCCAGGAUCAUUGCAUAACCUCACAAAAAUUCAGGUCAUUCGCAUGGCACAUAACCAUUUACAUGGACAUGUGCCACCAGGACUGGGAAACCUACCGGAACUGCUGAUGUAUAACAUUGGGUUCAACAGAAUUGUAAGUUCAGGUGAUGAUGGCCUCAAUUUUCUCCAAUCCUUGACGAAUAGCACCAAAUUAAUUUUUCUGGCUAUUGAUUACAAUCUUCUAGAGGGUGUUAUUCCUGAGACUAUUGGCAACCUUUCCAAGGCUCUCUCAAAGUUGUACAUGGCUGGAAAUCCUAUUUAUGGCAGCAUUCCCUCUUCCAUUGGUCAACUAAGUGGCUUAACCUUGCUUAACAUAAGUUACACUUCAGUUUCUGGUGAAAUACCACCAGAAAUAAGCCAGUUGAAGGAACUGCAGUUGUUGGCAUUGGCUGGAAAUAAGUUGUCUGGUAGUAUCCCAUACUCUUUGGGUAAUCUCAGAGCACUAAAUAAGAUCGAUCUGUCAGAAAAUGAGCUUAUAGGAAGUAUACCAGCUAAUUUCAGCAACUUCCAAAAUUUGCUUUCCAUGGAUAUGUCAAAGAAUAAGCUCAACGGAAGCAUACCAAAGCAACUCCUUAAUCUGCCCAGCUUAAGUGCUUUUCUUAACCUUUCUCAUAACCUUUUGUCUGGUCCUUUGCCUGAAGAAGUUGAUUCUCUAGAAAGUGUGGUCACAAUCAAUCUCUCUUACAAUCGUCUGUCUAGUCAAAUCCCAAACUCAAUUCAUAAUUGUAAGAGCUUAGAGCAAUUGUUACUUUCCCACAACAUGUUUUCAGGCCAAAUACCAAGCACUCUAGGGUUAGUGAAAGGUUUAGAAACUCUUGACCUCUCCUCAAACCAGCUAUCUGGUUCAAUUCCAUUUGAUCUGCAGAAAUUGCAAGCAUUACAGCUCCUGAAUCUCUCUUUCAAUAACUUGGACGGAGAAGUUCCGAUGAAUGGGGUCUUUGCAAAUUCCUCAAGAGUUCACUUGGAAGGCAAUAAAGAGCUUUGCUUGCAGUACGUAGCAUGUAAGCAUACCAGCACUUCUCAUAGAAGAAGAUUGUUCUUCAUCUUUAUCAUUGUAGCGGUGACGACAAUCUUGGCCGUGCUUCUGGUAGUUGGCUUAGUCUUCCUAUACAUCAAGAAGAAAAAAGCAAAAGUACGGAACUUCCCCUCUAAACCCUUUAGCUGGGAGCAUCAAAUGAUUUCGUAUGGUGAGCUUCGUCAAGCAACAUCAAAUUUCAACGAAGAAAAUCAAAUUGGUAUUGGGAGUUUUGGAUGUGUUUACAGAGGGCACAUAAAAGAAGGGAUAACUGUUGCAGUUAAAGUCAUUGAUACUGGAAUAAGAGGAUCUUGGAAGAGCUUCAUGACUGAAUGUGCAGCUUUGAAGCAUCUGAGGCAUAGGAAUCUUGUAAAGCUUAUCACCAUGUGCUCAAGUUUUGAUUUUCAGAAUAGAGAAUUUUUGGCACUGAUUUAUGAAUUCAUGAGCAACGGGAGUUUACAGGAUUGGCUCACUGGGAAAAGGAAAUCUUCAAACGGAGGGGGCUUGGAUAUUUUCCAAAGACUUAACAUUGCAAUUGAUGUUGCACAUGCAAUAUGUUAUUUGCACCAUGAAAGUGAGACACCAGUUGUGCAUUGUGAUUUGAAGCCUGGCAACAUUCUUUUAGAUGCUGACAUGACAGCAAAAGUUGGUGACUUUGGCAUUGCCAAAUUGAUGAUGGAAACAAAUGGUGACACCAUAACUUCCAUCAGCUCCUCACAUGCACUUAAAGGUUCCAUCGGCUACAUACCUCCAGAAUAUGGGUUGGGAGAAAAGGUUACUAUUGCUGGAGAUGUCUAUAGUUAUGGAAUUCUUUUACUAGAACUCUUUACUGGAAAGAGCCCAAUUGAUGACAGCCUCAAAGCAGGAUUGAGCUUAAAGAAUUGGGUGGAAAUGUCCUUUCCUGACAAAAUAGAAGAAGUGUUGGACAGAGAGCUUCUCUCCUGUAUGAACAAUUUUGGCCAGGAAGAUCAUUUUGUUAACACAGGUAUUCAAGUUGACUGUUUGAUCUCUAUUAUUGAGGUUGGUCUAUCUUGCGCUGUUGAAUCUCCAAGUGAACGCAUGACCAUAAAGAAUGCUCUUGACAAAUUGAGAAGUGCGAAAGAAAUUCUUCUCAAGUCCACUAUUUGAAUUUUAUGUGCAGUAAAAUAGUUCUUAUUUUGCUUACUAAAAUAUCGUAUGUGUAACUUUUAGUUUGAAUAAAACUACCGUUAGAGGUAUUAGUACUGUAAUAAUAAAAAACUUCGAGCUAUAUGCUUCUAGUAUUUAUUAC